AUGUUGAAUCCAAUCUACGCAACCACCAUUCUCUUCACAUCCCUUCGCACUUCAUCCUCAUCUUCCACAACCUUUCUCCUUCUAUACCCUUACACAACCUUCUUCGCUCGCACCCACCGCAAAAAGCUCCACAAACUACCAACCUUCGACGACGCCGUUUCAUCUUUCAACCAUUUCCUCUACCUCCGCCAUCCACCACCCAUUCAAGAAUUCAACAAACUCUUAACAACAAUAGUCAAACUCAAACGCUACACUACCGUCGUUUCGCUGUAUUCCAAGCUGGAGCUGAAGGGAACCGUCAAACCCUCGCUUAUCACUAUGAGUAUAUUGAUCAAUGGUUUUUCUCAAUUGGGUCAAAUGGGUUUUGCUUUUUCGGUUGUUGGGAAGAUUCUCAAGAGGGGUUUUGAGUUAGAUGUGAAAAUGCUUACUACAUUGAUGAAAGGUUUGUGCUUGAAAGGUAGGGUUUUGGAGGCACUUAAUUUGCUUGAUGUUUCUGUUUCCAAAGGGUUUAGGUUUGAUGAGGUUUGUUAUGGGACAAUAAUCAAUGGUUUGUGUAAAACCGGUAAAACAAAAACUGCUAUAGAGAUGUUUCCUAAGAUGAAGAAGAUUAGGGUUUACCCUAAUUUGAUUAUGUAUAAUACUGUUAUUGAUGGUCUUUGUAAACAAGGGCUUGUAGAUGAGGCUUGUGGUUUGUGUUCUGAAAUGGUUGCUAAUGGUAUUGGUCUUGAUAUUUAUAGUUACAAUUCUCUUAUUCAUGGUUUAUGCUCUGUUGGUCGGUUUCGGGCCGCAGCUGAGUUGCUCGAUGAAAUGGCUGUACAAAGAAAAAUUUACCCUGAUGUGUAUACUUUUAAUAUAUUGAUUGAUGGUUUGUGUAAAGUAGGAUUGGUUACGGAAGCUCAUAAUGUUGUUGCUGUGAUGAUUAAAAGAGGUCGAAAUCCUGAUGUUGUUAGUUACAAUGCUUUGAUGAAUGGUUAUUGUUUGGCUGGUGGUGUGGAUGAGGCUAAACGAGUGUUUGAUAAGAUGGUUGAGAGAGGUUGUUUGCCUAAUGUUAUCAGUUAUUGUACCUUGAUUAAUGGAUAUUGUAAGGUUAAGAUGGUAGAUGAAGCUAUGAUGCUAUUAACGGAAAUGCAUAAGAAUAAUUUAGUUCCUGAUACUGUAACUUAUAAUUGUCUUCUUGAUGGUUUGUCGAAAUCUGGAAGAACGUUGUACGAGUGGGACCUGGUCGAGGCCAUGCGUGCCAGUGGUCAACCCGCUGAUUUAAUCACUUACAAUACAUUAUUAGAUGAUUACUUCAAACAUGGAAAACUUGACAAGGCACUUGCAUUAUUUCAGCACAUUAUUGAAAUUGGGAUUUUGCCAAACAUACGCACCUAUAAUAUACUUCUUGAUGGCCUUUGCAAAAGUGGAAGACUAAAGUAUGCAAAAGAGAUUUUUCAACUUCUGUCUGCCAAAGAGUGUCAACCAAAUAUCCGAACAUAUAACAUUAUGAUCAAUGGGCUUUGUAAAGAGGGUUUUUUAGAUGAAGCGGAGACCUUACUUUAUAAUAUGGUAGACAAUAAUUGCCUUCCUAACUAUAUAACUUUUGAUACCAUUGUUCGUGCACUUUUGGUAAAAUAA